AUUUUAAUAUUAAUUCAAUGAAACACUUUAUACGUGAUGGUCGUACAUGCUAUAGUUUAGUGCUGUAAUCGUUUUGAAAAGUCAGUGAAACGUGAAAUUAAAUCCUGCUGCAUGACAGUUAUUGAUAUUUCAUUUCAUUUAAUUUUUAUUUUUCGUUUUCAAUUCUCGUUUACGCCUCAGAUUUCUUAGAAAGUUCUUAUGAAGUCCAGGAGAAAAAAUUAAAAAUUAAGGCGAAGAAAAAAACAAACCAAAAUAAGAAAAUUAAUAGACUAAAGCAACAACAUCGUCAAUCAAAAAAAGGCAACGGCAGGUGUAAUAGCGUUGCUUGUACAGUACGAGCGAAGGCAUUGCGAUGGUCAUUUAUGCCUUGAAUGUCCACCUAUGUAUAUAUAGAUUGUACAGCCAUGAUCCUAGCAGCUAUUAACCAUUCGAUUAAUUACCAAAAUCAUGCAGUUACCCAUAAAUUAAUGUAGACAUAAGACGAAGAAAUGCAAAAACGAAAGAAAUAUAUUAUGCCUAAUAGAGAAAUGAUUUGAAAUUUUCUAAAAAUUUAAAGUUUUUUCAUUUUGUUGAAAGCCAUGCGUAACGCUACAGUAGAAAUUGCAUUAAAAUUUUAUCAUCAAAAUAUUGCAAAUAGUAGUAGUAGCAGUAGUAGCGGUAGUAGUAGUACUCGUAUUUCAAUCAUAGCAACAAAAGCCCCUGCAUUGGAUUAUCUCUUAUAUCAUUGGCAUCUUUAUUGCGAUAACAAACGACAGCAUCGCCAUAGUUGUUACACAAAGCAGCUCCAGCAGUCUAAGCAAUACUACUGUAAUCAUCAUCAACAAACCAUUUUAUAGGACCGUACUAUAGACUUUGCUUAGUGUUACGUCGGCAAAUAGCCAAAAAGUUAUAUAUAAAGAGAAAGAGAAAGGAAGAGAGCGAGAGAGAGAGAGAGAGCUAAAGUCGUUGUUUAUAUCUACAACAUGCUGCCUUUUAACUUAUGGUCUUUAACCACUAUUGGCUGCCUCUCUAUCAUCAUACUAUUAAUGACUAUGAGUGUUGAAAGCAUCGAUUGCUUUAAGUGUGUUUCAUACAAUGGAGCCAACAAAGCUUGCGAUGAUCCUUUUCAUAAUAAUUAUUCAACCGCGAUAUUGGAAUCACCAUGCAUGGGCGGACGUAAGGGUCGUGAUGGUCUCUUUCCAGCCACUGCUUGCAUUAAAAUUGCUGGCUAUUAUGACGAUACUGGCGAAACGAUAACCGUAAGAGGCUGUGCUUUAGACAGCGGCACCUUAACCACAGAUACCGAAAUUAUACGCAUGUCGCACUGUGGCAAAUUUUACUAUGAUGACAGAUACGUACAUGGUUGCCUGCAAAGUUGUAGUGACGCUGAUGCGUGCAAUGCCGCCAACUCUCCUACUUAUGCUUACAUAUCUUUAUUGCAACUAAGAAUAGAACGCUUUUCUUUAUUCUAUACUACAGCAAUGAUAUUAAUGAACAGUUAUGCGUUUAUAACGAGGUAGCACUUUAUGUAAACCUUAAGCUAUUAUAUAAACAUAUUAUACAUACGAUAUAUACGAUACGAGAUGUAAAAAAUACAAGAAGAAAGCGAACGAGAAACAUCAUCAAAACUUUAUCCUAAAAACUAUUAGCUAUAAAUUUAAGCAUUUAAUAAAUAAUAAUAAUAAGAGAGAUAAAAAUAUCAACAAAAAAGU